UCGUCAGAAAAUCCAUGAUUCAUGACCAAAACACCAAAAACACCCUUCUUUUCAAUCUCAUAAUAUAAAAUAAUUGUUUGUAAUAUAAAGAAAAAUCUAGGAUUAAUUUCGUCCAUCUAGCCUUCAAAUUUCCUACAUAAACAAAAAUUUAAAUUUCGUAGUAUUUUACCCUACAAAAUCGAAGAUCCAAUCGUUUUUCGCCCUCCAAACAGACCCCCUUACCCUCCCCCUUUUGGAAAAUGGAGGAAAACGGUAACAGAGCCGAAGCCGUUCGUCUUCUAGGAAUUGCCGAGAAGCUUCUCCAGAAUCGUGAUUUCAACGGUUCAAGAGACUUCGCAAUCUUAGCCCAAGAGACUGAACCGCUGUUGGACGGGUCGGAUCAGAUCCUAGCCGUCGCCGACGUUAUCCUCGCAGGCGAGAAGAGAAUAAACAACCACCAAGAUUGGUACUCCAUCUUACAAAUCGACGGCCGAUCAGAAGACAACGAUCUCAUAAAGAAACAGUAUCGUCGCCUAGCUCUCCUCCUUCAUCCAGACAAAAACAAGUCCCCGUUCGCCGAUCACGCGUUCCAGCUUGUGGCCGAUGCGUGGGCUGUUUUAUCUAACAGCUCGAAGAAAUCUCUUUACGACAAAGAAUUGAGCUUGUUUACGAGGAUUGAUUUAAGCAGCGGCGGCGGGGACCGUUCGAAUCAAGCUGGGAAAUUACCCGUAACGAGAAAAGGACAAAGCCGGACGCCGAAUCCAAAGACCCCAAAUGAGAACCAAAGGUCGAGAAUGGCGACAUUUUGGACAGCUUGUCCGUACUGUUAUAGAUUGUUUGAGUACCCUAGGGCUUACGAAAGUUGUUGUUUAAGGUGCCAGAAUUGUGAGAAAGCUUUUCAUGCGGUCGAUAUUCCGACAUUGCCGCCGUUGGUUCCGGGAAAAGAAGCUUAUUAUUGUUGCUGGGCGUUUUUUCCGUUAGGGUUUGUGUCUAGAAGUCCGGAAAGUGAAGGAAAAGCCUCAACCGGCUUUCCCAAUUGGAUGCAACCUACGUUUCCAGCAGUGCCGCCGCAUGAGAGUGAAAGAAAUGGAGGCAUUGAGCAAGCUACUCCGCCUGCCCCGAUGCCGGCACCAGUGUCAGCGGCAGCACCAGCACCAACGCCGCCUUCAUUUAUUCCUUCGACCACCGCAACGAAGGUGGUAGAAAAUAUGAAUAACGUGGCAGUGGUUUCAGGUCGGAAUGUGUCGAAUUCGGGCUCAAGGAAAAGAGGGAGGCCGAGGAAGAAUCCUCUGUGAGGUUUGAUCGGAACUUUCGAGGUGGUAACAGAGGGUACCAGAGGAUUUCGAUGAACCGAGAAAGAAGAAUAAGGCCGAGGCUGAAACACUGCAACGGUUGGGGGUUAAAUUUGUAGGUAUUGUUGUAGUUGUUAAUUAUUUUGUUUGUAGAUUGUUUUCUAUGUACUGACUAGCACAUAGGCUAUCAUUGUAACAUUAUGAUAUAUUCAGCAAUGUCAAGUCAGCAAGUUCUUUCA